UCAAAUAUUAACUAGUGUUCUGCUGACAUGAGGCAGCUUCCUCAUCAGUGAAGUGUGAAGGGGGUGGUGAUUGAUAGAGUCGCUUACCGUCUAGAAACAGCCCGGUGUCCCGGACAGAAAGAGCCUGCAGCUCCUCAGUCACAUUGGAAACCCAUCUGAUGCCUGUGCAACAGCUUGAUGGAAAGGGCAUUGUGUUUUCUGAAAGGGUGCUUCCUUGCUUGAGCUCUACUUGAAGUGUGCAGCAAAAAGGCAUUCAUCAUAGCACUUGAGGGACUUUGGUUCUGCCUUUACCCAAAGACAGAGGGAAACAACGCAAGUAUUUAUGCAGUUUUUAAGAGAAGAUUCCUUGUCCUAAGUCGUCGCGAGCAGUGCGCUGCAGGAAUGGGAAACUGCACAAAGACAUAAUUAUUUCUCUUCCGCGCCUGCGGUUCCAUGCCACGCCUUUCUUAUGACUAACUUUGCAAUCUAGAGCCCCUCUGACAGCUCUGCUGUCUGAAUAUUCUCCUGGAGCGGCUUCAGCGCCACCAUCCCUCUGACUCCUGCAGCCCCCUCUCUGGGUCUGACGUAACCCUGCGCUGGGGGAUUAUGGCUCGCUUCCACGCCAACAUGCGGGUCAGCUGGACCGCCCUGCUGGUUCUGGGCUACUUCCUCUACCUGCUGGUCGGUGCCACAAUCUUCCAGAUCCUGGAGAGGGCGGCGGAAAGCCAGAACCGGAACCACUUCCAACUGGAGAAGCUGACGUUCCUCAAGAACUACAGCUGUCUGGACGGACCAGCUCUGGAGCGGUUUGUGCAGGUCAUUCUGGAUGCCUGGGAGAAGGGAGUGAAUCCAUCAGGGAAUUCCACCAACCCCAGCAACUGGGACUUCAGCAGCUCCUUCUUCUUUGCUGGGACAGUCAUCACCACCAUAGGUUAUGGGAACCUGUCCCCUAGCACGGUGUCAGGCCAGGUGUUCUGUGUGUUCUACGCCCUGUGUGGGAUUCCCCUCAACCUGGCAUUCCUCAAUCAGCUGGGCAAGGGCCUGACCGCUCACCUGGGCCGCCUGGAGAGGAGCGUGCUCACCGCAGGCCGCCACGAGCAGACAGUGAAGGUCCUGGCCAUGUCUUCGUUCCUGGUGAUGGGUACCCUGCUGUUCCUGGUCUUCCCCCCCGUCAUAUUCAGCUAUGUGGAAGGCUGGAGUUAUGGAGAGGGAUUUUACUACGCCUUCAUCACUCUCAGCACCAUUGGCUUUGGGGAUUAUGUCGUAGGGACGGAUCCAGACAAGCACUACAUCUCCAUCUACCGCAGCCUGGCUGGCGUGUGGAUCAUCUUCGGCCUGGCCUGGCUAGCCCUGCUCUUCAACCUGGGGGCCAGCGUGAUGGAGCACCUGUUCCAGCUCAGGCACAGCCCCCGCCGGCUGCAGCGCCAGGCAGGGGGCCCCAGCAAGCAGGGAGAGGUCCAGGAGCAGAGACCCGCCCAGCAGACAGUGUGAGGGGCGGCCCAGCAGGCAGGACCCUGUGGGGGCUGUGCGCCUACGUGAGCUCCAGAACGGGUCGAUGGGGGGGAGUAGACUGGAGCCCCAGCGGCUAUACCCGGAGCAAUGGAAGGUCCCCACCACAGGACUCAUGGUGCUGAUCCGUGGGUGAGCCAUGACACCCCUGCUGUCAUGAAGUGGAGGAGAAAAUGGCUGCCACUGGGCUCUCUGAUGCGAUGGCCUUGCGGGUCUCUUCUCAGCUUCUUGAGGAAGCUCAUAUAUCCAGAAAUGUUGUACCUCUGUAAAGUACGAUGUGCAUACAACACACGAUACGUUUAGAACUGUCAAGGUUCCAUUUACAAGUUUGUUAUGUCUUUUUUCAUACACAGGGUUCGUUAUGACAGAGCCACACCUGUAUACCGAGCACUGCCAAGCACUCUGACAGCUGAGCUGCUGUGCCAGGGUUUCAUCUGCUGUGAGCAAGUCUUCAGCAGAGGACCAGGAGACAGCCUUGUGCAAAUUCAGCCGUUAUUGACCCCAGCACACACAGCCACACAGCGCUGGGACUGCCCCGCAGACAGUGCUAAAGUUUUCUAAUUCUUUUACACAGUACAGCCUCAUGAGUACAUGAAAGUUUGGUUUGUUUCAGGCUCAGGUGGUUUUCGUCAUUUCCUUUUGAAGCUGAUCAUUUCUUAAUGACCUAGUUAUGAGCAAAUUUACUGCUGUUUUCACAAAGUCAUUUCUUAAUGUACUUUAACAAACCUUAAGGCAGUUUAGUAACUGACACAGAGCUGCUUAGCUGAGUUAACAUAUUCCAAUAAUAAGUCCACAGAAAACAAAAAGAAAACAUUUGAACUGCGCCAUAAACUAGUGCUCAAAGAAAAUCGCUCAAAGAACAGACUGCGGAAUUUAAUUGAGUAAUGUCAAGGCAAAAUAUGUGUUGCUUUUUUGUUCUCUUAAAUCACAGCCUUUUUAAACAAUGUUGUGUGUAUAUUCCUGGGUGCUGUCAGGAACAAAACCUUCAGGAACAAUGAGGUCCCUAUCAUAGCCAAUAAUUAAAUAACACACCUGAAGAAGGCUCCAUGGCCAAAACGUUGUGUUCUAUAAUCUUCU